AUGUGUGACACCAGCUGCUCUGCGGGCUGCCAGCCGGCUUGCUGUGUGCCCAGUUCCUGCCAGCUGGCCUGCCCUGCUGUCUGUUGCCCUGCCCCGGGCUGCCGAAACCCCUGUGGCGCUCCCCACGUGGCUCUGCUGUUCCGGCCAGCCUGCUGUGUGCCUGUGAGCUGCAAGCCUGUCCUGUAUGUCCCCGUGUGCUACAAGCGCAUUGUGUAUGUGAUCUCUUCCUGCCAGCCUGCCACGUUCUGCCAGCCCUCCUGCCCUGCCCUGGUCUGCAGACCCAUCCCCUGA